AUGGGAAGAUCAGUACCAUCUCAUGCACCUAAGAGACCUAAACCAUCGUUACGAAAAUUGAAAGGAACAUCUGGAGCAGCUAAGAAUUAUGUGACUAGAAAUCAAGCUCUUAAAAAAUUACAAUGUACUUUAGCAAAUUUCAGAAGAUUAUGUAUUCUCAAAGGAAUUUAUCCAAGACAACCAAGAAAUCGAAAGAAAGCUAAUAAAGGAUCUACUGCAUCAGUUUCAUUUUAUUAUUCAAAAGAUAUUGCUUAUCUUUUACACGAACCUGUUUUAGAAAAAUUAAGACAACAUAAAGCUUUUGCUAAAAAACUUUCUAGAGCAUUAGGUAGAAAACAAGAUGGAUUAGCUAAGAAUAUCGAAUCGACUCAUGAAUCUUAUCGAAUUGAUCAUAUUAUUAAAGAAAGAUAUCCUACUUUUGCAGAUUCGAUUCGUGAUUUAGAUGAUGCACUUUCACUCAUCAUUUUAUUUUCAAAUCUACCUUCAAAUCCUCAAAUCUCACCUAAAGUGAUAUCAAAUUGUACUAGAUUAGCAGCUGAAUGGCAAACAUAUAUCAUUCGUACCAAGAGUUUAAGAAAAGUGUUUUUGAGUAUUAAAGGAAUUUAUUAUCAAGCUCAAAUCGAAGGUCAAUCGGUCACUUGGCUUGUUCCUUAUGCAUUCACUCAACGGGUCCCAUCCGAUAUCGAUUUCAGAAUCAUGUUAACGUUCUUGGAGCUAUACCAAACCUUACUUGGUUUUGUGUUUUUCAAAUUGUUUCACUCAAUCAAUUUACUUUAUCCACCUAAACUAGAUUUCGAAAAGGACGAAGCAGGAGCCGGACUUGGAGCGCUUUUACUCGAACAAGCUGGUCAAAAACUAGUGGCUUCACCAUCAUCUGAUCCACAAACCGAUCUCACCGUUAAAGAUGUGAAACAACAGAUUCGAGAAUUAGUGAAGAAACCGAUUGAAGAUUUACCGGAUGAAGAAACACGAAAUGAAGGACAAGAAAAGAUUGAAGAAGAUGAAGAAUCGAAAGAACGAGCCGGAUUGUUUUCAAAUUAUGUGUUUUUCAUCUCACGUGAAGUGACAAGACCGAUGUUAGAGUUUGUGAUCAGAUCGUUUGGUGGAGAAGUAGGAUGGGAUUCGAUCUUAGGAUCUGGAUCCAACUUUCUAGAAACCGAUCCUAGAAUCACUCAUCAUAUCAUCGAUCGUCCUACACUCUUAACCGGGCUAACUCAAUUUCAAUCUCAACGAGCUUUUGUUCAACCUCAAUGGGUGGUCGAUUGUAUAAAUCAAUCUUCUCUUUUACCUACUGAACCUUAUGGUCCUGGAAAAAUCUUACCACCUCAUCUUUCUCCUUUUGUUGAUCAUGAAGAUUUACGUAAACAAGGUGGUUAUAUACCUGAAGGAGCUGAAGCUAUUUCUGAUGCUCAAACUAAAGAUCAAGUAGAAGAUGAUGAAGACGAAGAUGAGGAUGAGGAUGAGGAUGAGGAUGAGGAUGAUGAAAUGGAAGUAGAUCAAGAAGAAGAACAAAAGCUUACGAAGACUCAAAGCAAGAAACCGAUCGAUCGAAAGAGCAGACCAGGAUUGAUAGCAGCAGCUGAAGAUCCAAAUGAUCCAACACUUUUACAUGCAGCUGAAAUUGAAGCAGAAGAACUUGGAAUCUCACAUGCUGAAUUUGAAACACAACUAAAGAAAUUGAGUAAACAAGCAGGACAAAAGAAUCAAAAGAUGCAUAAUCAUGAUGAUGAUAAUAAAGAAAUUAAUGAAGCUAUGUUGACUGGUAAACAAAGAAAAUUGUAUACCAAGAUGAGUUUUACUAAACAUAGAAGAGCAGAAGAAAGAAAUAAAUUAGAAGCUAAGAAAAAAGCAUUGGUGAAUGGAAAUAAGAAAAAUGAAAGUAAAGUUAAAGAAAAAGGUAAAGGAAAGAAAACUUUGAAGAAUUUGUAA